UCUGCUGCUGCGCAAAUAUCUCCCACUGCUGGAUGGAUAUGGAUAAUUGGAUAUACACACCAUUCGUACAAAUCCAUACAUCUCUCUCUCUCUCGCAGACUAUCCAUUUUGUCUCAAUCUUAACCCCACCAUGUCUGGAAAGGAAAUCGUCCACAAGAUGAUGGAAAAAGUGGGAAUCUCUUCCCCCCGCGGCGACGUGGGGAAGGGAAAGAGCAAGAUGUCGAAACACGUCACGCAUGGAUUCCAUUUGCUGGAAGGCAAAUCCACCCACCCCAUGGAGGAUUACGUUUUCGCGCAGUUCAAACAGGUCAACGACAAGGAGGUCGGCCUCUUCGCAAUCUUCGACGGCCACCUCAGCCGCGACAUUCCAGAAUAUUUGAGGUCUCAUCUUUUCAACAACAUUCUCAACGAGCCCGAUUUCUGGACAGCUACGGAGAACGCAAUCCGUCGGGCAUACCGAAUCACAGACACCAUGAUUCUCGACAAAGCUAAGGAUCUCGGCAAAGGCGGCUCCACCGCCGUGACGGCGAUACUGAUCAAUUGCCAGAAGCUCGUGGUGGCCAAUGUCGGCGAUUCCAGAGCCGUUAUAUGUAAGAACGGCGUGGCGAAACAGCUGUCGGUGGAUCACGAGCCGGAGAAGGAGAGGGAGACGAUUGAAAACAGGGGUGGAUUUGUUACAAGGUUUCCAGGCGAUGUUCCGAGAGUCGACGGGCAAUUAGCGGUGGCGAGAGCAUUCGGCGACAAGAGCCUGAAAGAGCAUCUGAGUUCGGAACCCGACGUGGCCGUGGAGAUCAUCGACGAUGAGACUGAGUUCAUCGUCUUGGCCAGUGAUGGCAUCUGGAAGGUUAUGUCGAACCAAGAGGCAGUGAACUGCAUCAGGAACAUCAAAGAUGCUAAAUCUGCAGCCAAGGCUCUGAAUGAAGAAGCAGUUUCUAGAAAGAGCACAGACGACAUUUCUUGUGUAGUUGUCAGAUUUGGGUGACAAAUAAUAUCUUUCGAACAGUUUCUUUUGUUACAUGUAUAAAAUUUGGCUGUAAUGAAUUUACACAAUCAGAAUGAUAAUAGUUUAGGCCGUCA